GUUACAUUAUAAACCGGAUAGAGCAGCAUCUAUGCGGAUUUUUCUCCGUGGAAUGUCAUAAAUUUUGACACAUGUUAGAAAAAGUGAUAUAUAAAUACAAAACGAAACGUUGUAGGAAAGGAGUGAUAUAUACAAAGCAGGUCAAGAUGUUUAUGCUUGUCUCGUCAAUUUUCUUCUUCAUUCAACUGAUUCCGACUGCAGGGGUAGGCGUUUCGACUCAUUGUGGUUUUCAUGCUUUACACCACUUUGCCUUCACCAGAUGUAACGUUACCCACUGUACCAACUACUACCAAGUCAAGUAUGGGAUCUGCCUUGAUUAUAGGAAUUUAGAUUAUGAAGUGGAGGGCAUCGUUCACGGAAGGCGAUUAUAUUAUACUCGAACAUAUGAGAAUGAUCGCAAGAGGGACAUAGAAGUAGGCAAUGGUGACCAGCAAAAAAUUAGGGAUGUGAAAGGAAUGCUUAAAGCAAACAGAAAUGCAAAAAGCUUGCAGAUUGAAGUUCCUGAUACCACAAUGCAGAUAUCGCAUAGAUCAUUUUCUCCCAAGGCUCUGAAUAGGUUGAAAAUAGGUGAUGAAUAAUAAGGUUGUUUGGUGAUCACCAGUAUGCCCUCUACAAAUAGACGUUUUCCUCAUCACUAGCUCCACGUGUAGUACAGUAACAGGAUCAUCUUUAACCAAUCUCCUCCUACUGUGCUAAAAGAUAAAUAGAAUUAAAUAAUAUAACUUUAAGCUGUUUUUAUACACAAAUGUACAUGGUGUUUUCAAUUAAAGGACACAACGCAUGUU